CUUAAUUUUUUUACCUAAUAUAGGGAUUGUUACUAAGCAUCGUUGUUACUGGGUGUGUUGUGCACAACGUAUCACAGGAGGCUACACGAAUCACAGUGAUGAAAGCUUAUAUACAAUAAUACAUGUAUCAGCUAAAAUAUGGGGCUGAAGAAAUAUGAUCAAAGUGAAUUCCCAACUGAGUUCAACAAUGAUAACUUUAAAGUGGUUGGAACAGGAGGUUUUGGUGAAGUUCAAGUUUGUUACCACGCAUUACUGGGCAGGGUGGCUCUGAAGUUGUUUCGUAUCACUGGAAGCAAUGAAGGAAUUCAAAAGGCUAGAAAGGAGUUAGAAAAUGAAGCAAAAUUCUCCAACGAAUGAAGCAUCCCCACAUUGUCACCUUCUAUGGUGUGACAUCACUUUUUGGAAGGGAGGGUCUUGUGAUGGAAUUCAUGGAAGGUGGCAACUUGAAUGAACUUCUCAUGUCUAAGAUAGUUCUGUCUUGGACUGAGCGUCUUCAACUCUCGCUUGAAUUGAUAUCAGCCAUCAGUUACUUGCACAACCACGAUAAAAAGAAAGCUUUCGUCCAUGGUGACAUAAAACCACAGAAUAUUCUUCUCACAAAGUCCAGGAGUCUGAAACUUGCCGACUUUGGUUCAGUGAACAUCAGACAACGAACAGGUGCCAGCACAACAACAUUCGAAAUUUCUCAUUCAACGCAACACACAUGGCCAUUCACCGCUCCUGAGUUUUUUAAGGAUCUCUUUGCAGAUAAAACACCGGCCAUGGAUAUCUACAGUUAUGGUAUCAUUGUGUACGAAGUGUUGACAAGAAUACGAGCGUACUCUGAUUCUACCGCUGGGAAAGAAAUUUUUGUAGAACACAUUUGCAAUGGUAAGAGGCCCAACCAAAGCAAAUUGGAUGUGGUGGAUAAGCAAUUGAAACAACACCAAAAACAAGAUCAUGAAAUUUUCCUCAAGUUACAAUCUCUUAUGAAGGAAUGCUGGCAGCAUGAACCAACCAAACGACCCAAAGCUACAAAAAUUUUGGAAACCAUCACCCAACAAAUAGAUGAGUUACAUGCCACGGAAGGUUUAGAUAUGGAAGCCCUGACCCAUGAGUUACCUACCAUGGAUGGUUCAGUUUUGGAAACCAUCACCCAACAAAUAGAUGAGUUACCUGCCACGGAAGGUUUAGAUAUGGAAGCCCUCACCCAUGAGUUACCUACCACGGAUGGUUCAGUUUUGGAAACCACUACCACCACGUUAAGGGGUGAAGUGACUGACAUUGAUACAUUGGAAUCUGAACAACUUGACCUUGCUUCUUAUUAUGAAGUGUCUGGUCAACAACUUAAUGCCAGAGAUCUUCCAGAAGCUGCAUGCAUGAUUGUGGGUGGUUGGAAUACACAGAAACUUGUUAAAAUUUAUGACAUCAACAGGAAAAGUUUUAAACCAUUGGAGUCAACCUUGUAUGAAAGGUAUGCUUCAACCAGUGUGAAGAUAAACAACCAUGUUUAUACGGCUGGUGGUCAUAGAUCCAAGUCUGUCGAACGUUUGGAUUUAAACCAAGUUGAUGGUGGUUGGAACGAGGUGGAAUCUAUGAAGAAACAACGAUAUCUUGCAGCAUCUGCUGUGUUGAAUGGUCAAAUGUGUGUAGCAGGAGGAUGGCAUGAUGGUGGUAGUAAUAUAUUCUCAUCAGUUGAAUUAUACAAUCCAGUGGUGAAUACAUGGACAAUCAUUCCUUCAAUGAAAACUAAACGAUUUCAACAUGCUCUUGUUUCUUAUAAUGGUCGCUUGUUUGCAUUCGGUGGUGGAGAUACUGUUGGUUUCUUUUAUGCAAUAUUGGGUGGUCUUGGUGAAAUAAUUCUUGGUGCUGGUAGUCUUUUGAGGAAUUCAACAAACAUUUCUUCAAUGGAAAGUUUUGAUCCACGAGAAGGGAAAUGGGAAUCACUAAAACCAAUGAAUGAGGAAAGAAAUGGACUAUGUGGUGUUGUUUACAAUGAUGAGAUUUACGCCAUUGGUGGUAAUGGAUUAAAUAGCGUAGAGCGGUAUAACAUACGAACCAACACUUGGACCAAAGUUAGCAGCUUGAACCACGAACGAGAUGGUUCUUGUGCUUGUGUUGUGAAUGGGAAGAUAUACGUCAUUGGAGGUUUUGGUGAAGGUGAUGCAUCAAAAUCAAUUGAGGCUUAUGAUGCAACAAUCAAUGAAUGGAAGAUUGAAACCAACAUGAAGACACCAAGAUCUCAUGCAUCAGUUGUAGCUUUGUAAACAAUGAAAAUCUUCAACAAAACUGUUUGUGUAUUUCAUGAUUUGUUUUGAUAAAUAUUCUAUCAAUAGUUUUGUAAACAACAUGAGCCACUGUUCACAUUGCAGAAAUACUUUAAACUUUCAAAUUUAUAAAUUUAGGUUUGUAAAAAAAUAAAAUAAAAUUCCUCAUUACUUCAAAGCACUUGAGAUGUUGUAUAAUUAAAAUCUUGACUUAUUAUUUAAAACACAAAUCAUGCAGCUCGUACUUUUGAUACCCACAACUUUAUAACUAAACAUUCCAUGUUUUCUGUAGCGCCUUUCUCUUUGUUUUACUUAUUUCAUGUACUGACUUUUACUCAUUUAAUGUCUGACUUUCUCUUUGUUUUACUCAUUUAAUGUACAAUUUACAUUUUAACUUUUUAAAAUGAAUCAAUGUCAUUAUUUAUCCCUGCAUGCCAGGGCAACAGCAUUAUAACUAUGGUGUCUUAUUUGAUACACCAUAUGUUUGUAAAUAAUUACCAAAUAUGCAACGUUUACCAGGUUUAUUUUUAUGAAUGGCAACUGUUUUAAAUAUUUUAAUAAACAUUUUGAUUGUAGCUGCACCAACAUAACCCAUUUACCAUUUAACGUUUAUAGUACAAGAACAAAACCGUCGAUAAAAUCAGCGCUUUUUUCCUUUGUAUGAAUUUAUAAGAUAUACAUUUAAAGUGAUUUGUUAUUGUGCUUCAGAUUGCAGAUAAAAUAUAUAUGGCGUUUAUAUUCGCGAGGUGUCGCUCGUGAGUGGUUCUGCUUUGAGUUGUUGGUAACGUAGUUGUCAUAUUGAUCUAUUUAUGAUCGAAUUGUUGUUUUUGUUGUUGCACUGGUUUGGUUUAAGUAGCAAUCUGUAUUCGAUUUGUAAUUUACUGAAUAAAUAUACUGCCAGUAAAAAGGUAA